AUGGGUAAAGCAGACGACAUAGAUUUCGUUCAUGGAACAGUUUAUUUAGUUGACGUCAUAGGUACUAUGAAUGUCAAAAAAGAAGAUGGUAAUGAUAUCAUCUUACAACCACAACCAACCAAUGAUCCAAAUGAUCCAUUGACAUGGUCAAAAACUAAGAAACAUCUUCAAUUUGCGAUUGUUUGGGUUUGGGCAUUUUUAUUAGCUGCUACUUCCAAUUUCGUUGGUCCUUUAUUCACUACUUGGUUAACUGAUUUAAACACUACUGCUAAUCAAAUUGGUGUUUUCAUUGCCCUUGGGUUUUUAGCUUUGAUGAUUGGUGUUACUAUUGUUCAACCAACUGGUUUAAAAUUAGGUAAAUAUGGUGUUUAUAACGUUUGUACUAUUUUGGUGUUUAUUGCCGUUUUAAUUGGUGGUUUUGCUAAAGGUAUGCCAGAAAUGGAUUUCUUUAGAUUCUUAUCAUGUUUUGCUGCUGCUCCAGUUGAUACUUUAGUUGAAAUCUCAGCUAAUGAUUUAUAUUUCCAACAUGAAAGAUCAACAGCUUUCAGUUUAUUAAUUUUAGCUUUAUAUGCUGGUUGUUCAUUAGGUCCAGUUGCUUCAGGUUUAAUUUUACAAACUAUUGGUUGGAGAUGGUGUUUCUUUAUCCAAGCAAUUAUUUAUGGUGGUUUAUUCAUUUUCCAAAUUUUAUUUAUGGAAGACACAACUUUCAGAAGAGAUGCUCAUGCUAUAAUUGAAAAAGGUGAUUACAUGGAAGACGAAUCAGAAUCAAACAGUGUCGAAAAGAAAGGAGGUGUUAUUACUACAGAAGAAGUUAAAACAUCAGAUGAAUCAUUAUCAAAUGUUCCAACUAAAAAAACUUGGAAACAAACAAGAGGAUGGGUUAACAGAAGACAAAACGAUACAAGAAGUUGGUGGACUAUCUUUUACAGACCAGCAUUUUUGAUUACUUUCCCUGCUGUUGUUUGGUCAGGUAUUGUCUAUGGUUCACAAAUGAUGUGGUUAUCAUUAGUUGCUAAUACUCAAGAUAUGAUUUUCAGUGCUCCUCCAUAUAAUUUUACUCCUCAAUAUGUUGGUUUCACUACCUUAGGUCAAUUCUUUGGUAAUAUCUUUGGUAUGCUUUAUGGUGGUCUUUUCGUUGAUUGGUUAGCUGUUAAAUUAGCUAAAAAAAACAAUGGUAUUAUGGAACCAGAACAUAGAUUACAUUCAAUGUGGGUUCCAUUUAUUGUUAAUGCAGUUGGUGUUAUUACUUAUGGUUUAGGUUCUUACUAUGGAGCUCAUUGGGCUAUUCCAACUGUUAUGGGUCAAGGUUUCAUUGGUUUCGCCAUGUCAAGUUUGGGUGCUAUUUGUUUGACUUAUGCUGUUGAAUGUUACCACAAUUUAGCUUCAGAAGCUUUGGUCUUAAUUUUAGUUAUUAGAAAUGCUAUUGGUACCAUUUUCUCAUUUACUUUCCAACCAUGGUUAGCUGCUCAAGGUUUAAGAGAUUUAUCAUACACUUUAUUUGCUUUAUCACUUGUUUGUAAUGGUGGUUUCCUUAUCUUUUUGAAAUGGGGUAAAGAUUUAAGAAGAUGGACUGGUCCAAGAUACGAAAAAUACAGUGCUGGUGCUGGUGCUCCUCAUUAA